AUGAAGCGCCAAGGUUCAGGCUCGGCCGCGCCAUCGUUCUACGCCCUCCUUGCCUCCGAUCUUCUCGACUCUGUCUCGACAUCGGGUUAAGGUGGGUGAAGAGGAAAGAGUGUGGUAAAUGCUGCGCAAGUCUACGCUCAUUGUAGAUUAAUUCACGCGUAUGCCACGGUGCCUGCUUUCAACUUUCUGUGGAGCACACGGUAGAAACCGUCGGAUGCGACGCUCUAUCCGGCAUCAUUCAAACUGAAGAAAAUGCUACCAAUCACGUUGGAGAAACAACGAAGCGAAAAACUGAGAAUAGUAAUGUGCCCGUCGUCUGGUCCAGAACGUACACUGACCUUACAGUCGAACAAUGCUAGUUUUGACUUUACAAUUAUGAAAGUUAUGCGGUUACUCUAUUGAAACUGAUACAUUGUGAUCGGGAGAGUUAUUCAAACUUCGAGGCCGAAAGAUAGGGGGUUUGCCUCCCGGAAAUUAAAGGCAAAUUCACACGAAGUCAAAGUUUUGACGGUGAAAAUUUGGAUCGAGACUUGCUUAAUGCGACGAAUAAUGGCUAAUCGGCAUUUGGCACAGACGUAUCAUGUUACCUCAUUGUAUUAAGUAGCAAGUAUUUAUAGAAAUAUAAUGUAGAAAUAUUGAAUCAGCACAGGCAGACAACUGACACCAGAUCCCAGGGGGCCAGUUGGAAUGCUAGUUUGGGAAACUUUUUCGAAAAUAGCGGGCUGACAGCGAAGACAGUCAUCAGAACUCUGUGUCAGAAGCAUGGCAAAAUGCAGUGCGCUAAUACCUUUUCGGACGAUGCUUGUCCUGGAAUCAUCUAACCAUUACGCCAGCGUAAAAACAACCAUCAGCCUACUCGGAAUUCGAUCCACUGUCGCUUCAUACACAUCAUAGAUGAGUGUUAGACAUAACAGCGACACAGCCUUUAAGGUGUGAGACGCAGAAAUUAACCGGCAUUUCAUUCUACGUUACGCACAACACUUAAAUUCCGAAGAUCGCUUCUUCUCUGUCUCAAAAGAGUUUUAGGCAUCACAGACAACAAAUGGAUCUAGCUACGGCGGCAACUUGUAUCAACAGACAAACUGGACAGCAUACAUUUUGGACGUAGUCCGCAUGGACGUGGGAUUCGGACUUCUCCGCCAAUUUCUAUGUGGUUUUGUAUAGAUGCUUCAAUAUCUGCCACAUACCUAUGUAAUAGAACUUCAUUUUUUAAAAUUAAUUUACGAAAUUGUAUUUUAUUGUGAAAAAGCCGAAUUAAUAAAGAAAACACCCAUACGAAUAAGUGGACUAAACUGUCUGGAAAUCGCAAUAAAAUCAUUGCAUAGGCCGAUGAUUUCAACUCGAAAUGCAGACUCAAUAGAUGUGUUCUUCUCCACCCUCAGAUCUCUCUUCAAACGAGAGGAUAUAUGACUGGUGUUGUGACCCAGCCUGGUACUUAGAAGUCACAUGGAGCGUAUGCGCACACGAUUCUUGUCCCCAAUACCAACGCGGCAGAGAAGGAGAACGCGAGUGGCCACGAAAAGUGUAUUAGGAAACUGCAAGUCAAGUCUAAAGGGAAGGUAACGCGUAUUUAUAAAACCCUAAUGGGAUUUGCCUGCAUUCGGCCAAAUUCACUUCGAGAGAAAAAUCCUAGACGAGUUGAUUGGUCACUCGCAGUCACGGAUCGACCAAGCUCGAGGGGAUCAGCCAAUGGCGAGUCGCCACGAUUAUGUUGACAGUGCGGUAGAGGAAACUCACGUGGUAUCCAUUGAUUGGCUGGCUCUUGUAUUAUGGUGUGAAGGCACUCCCAAAAGCUGUGGGAAGACUUGACAUUAAAAUGUCGUCUUACCGUCUCAUUCGUAAGCUUACCGCAUGUGAGGACGGAAGAUUUGAACUCUAGGGUAGAAAAAUUAUUAAAUUAUCGAUAAAUUUAUUAUUAUUACCCAUUAAUUAAUAAUUAAUUUAUAAUUUACAAAUUAAUUUGGAAAUUAAAAUAGGUCAGAUAGUUUAAAGUAAAUAAUGUGCUGCGUGGGCGGGGACGGGAUUUCCAAAAAUGGUUUCACUACGUCGUUCGUCAAUAGGUGCCUGUACACGUUCCGAACCAAUCAGCACCGGAGGCGGGGAUUGCCGCAGAUGUCUGACAGGACGAGGUCAAGUUCCACAUCCCUUCUGCGCAACACACCAAGCGAGUUUCGUACAGUUAUUUAGCCGCGUGCUAUUGUGGGGGCCAAAACAGACGGCAGUUUGACGCUCCAAAAGUUCGACCGUCGUUGCUGACGAUGUCCGUCGUUUGCGGCACAGCGGGAUAGAGGCAGGAUGCCGACCUAUGCGUGAGUUAGUUUAUAAUGAUUGUGGAUUUUGGCUGCACGCACCGCACUCCCAUCUUAAUCAGCACAGUAAGUCCGGCGUCAAGACACAUUUAAGACGCCUGGUGGGAGUGUCUCAGGGGCCACAUGAAGAGAAGGAACAAGUUACUAAGUCAAUUUGCGGCCUUCAAAACCACAGCUUCUAAAACAUCGUGCUGAAUUCAAAUGCUGCAAAGGGGCGCCCACCGAUUGUUUUUACGGAACUCACUCGUUCCGUUGUGCCUUGCGCGUUCCCUCUCUCGAGCUCAACCAGCAGCCGCACAGCGGCACAUGACAUAGGCAGAAUGUAAUCCACGACAAAGACAAGGGAGACUGGAAUGGCCAUUAGCCGUUGUCAGCCAGUCAUAACCAACCGCGAAGUGUGGAACACCCGAGGCUCGAACUCACGACCUGUUUGUUAGAAGUCCACGCCUCAACCACUGGGCCACGAGCCCGUUGUCUUUUUGAUUGCGAUCGGGAAUGUACAAUAGUAGAGGGGCGCUCACCGACCGUUUCUACGGAAGUCACUCUUCCCGUUGUGUCUUACGGGAUUUAUUAUUCAACGGCGAGUCGCGAACUGCCCCAAUGACGGUUAGGCUGAAUCAACCUUGGCAAACUGCUAGUUAGAAGUCCAACGCCUCUAACCACUGAGCCACGGGCCAGUUGUCCUGUUGAUUACGAUCGGGAAUUCACAAUGGCAGAGGAAACUGAUCAUGUGUCUCAGUAGUUAGAGGCAGUGAACUUUUAACUAACAGGUUGUGGAAACGAGCUCCAGAUGUUGCACACUUCGGGAUUGGGUAUGACUGACUGACGACGGCUGAUACGCCAGACGUGGUCAAUGCAGUCUCCCUUGCGUUUGUCGGUAAUUCUACUCGGACUUCAAACACGUUUGACCGUUUACAGCAGGGAAACUAUAUUGUCUGACGCGAGGAUCGGCCUCCAAAUUCGACCUCACUCUUUCCAGUCCCUGUACGGAAGCCAAGCUUGACUGGACGGCGCAUCAAUGGUUGGGAUCUCAUCCUGCACGGAUACUAGGUGAAUAGGAGUGUCAUAGGUAUCUUAUGUAGAAGGAGACAGCUGCAGCUUGACUGUUCUUCUUGAGAGGAGGACCAAGUUAGCCUGUGAGUUGACGGUCUCCCAAGCGGAGGCUUAUAUUGCGCCGUGAUAGAGUUAAACACAUCAGAUUGUUUAUGGCAGGCGAUUCGCGCUGGGAGUUUGCCUCAAUUCCUCUUCCACCCUCAUUGUCGGUGGGUUGUCUGAAGACGGAAUUCAGCGUACUGGCCGAAAGAGCCAUAAACAGCCCGUCUGCGAGUGCCGAACACAACACUGCCUUCCUUACCACGCCAUGUUUUCGCACACAGUGGACGGACUGCAAGGAUCAGAUGCCUUUGAAAUGAUGUAUGUACUGAAAACCCAACAAGACGCUUUUUGGCCACUCGUUGUGGCAUGAAAACUUAAUCUUUUUAUCUGCAUUUUUUCCUCGCAGAAGGUCAAAAGUCAACGAGUAGUCAGGUUUUGGAAUGCAUUUUUGAUGGAAAUUCAGGAGACUGACGAAUAAGCCAAGGCGGUUUAUUUACGUCUCCCCUUCUUUUAUCAAUUAUAUCUUUGAAAAAGCGUUUUCCUGGGCUCGAUGCCUUUAUGCAACAUGAAUAACUUUACAACUAUAUGUUACACAGGCCCAAGAGGAAGUUUAUUCCAGAGCCCUGUCUCGACUAAGGGUGAAGCACCCUCAUGCUUUCUUUAUGUGCCCCACUACUAGGCUGAAAGUUAUAGUACUACUCGUGUCUUCAAAUACGCUGAAUAUGCAGCCUAGAUUUUGUGAUCAAUAGGGUUCGAAAGGGUGUCUCUUUUGAUGACUACGGAGGCUUCUCAAAUUAUCGAAAAUAUUUUCCUGCCAAAGUAUCUAAAUCAUGUCAUGUCUUACGUCGAUUAAUCGUAUUCAUAAAAGGAUUUUUGGUGUCUCUUUGUCCUCUCUCGGCCGAAAGGACAUAACAACCUUCGGUCAUGUAGUUGGCUUGAGCAGUACGGGUAUUCUGAACGCCGUGGCCUCAGAAAGACCGGCAGUUUGUCGUUUGCCGCUCAAUUCUGCAGGAGGUGGUCUUUGGCACGGGCUUAGUUAUGCAUGCAAAUGCAUAAUAACUCAUUAGAUAGCUCGGCCAGAGAUGUGGAGAGUCGUUAUCGGAACGAAUGCACGUUGGGGCCUACUGCCUGGAAGUUUACACAGAGCAAUUAAGUUCUCAUUGAGACUCACCCGGGUAGACUGCACGCACGCGUCUACGCAUUGUUUCUUUUCGUUACUUUUGGUGCAUAAUUUUGGUAAUGAAGGCAACGUCACACGCAUGCAUGUCGGCGCGCCUUGUCACGUGACAGAUUUCGGCCAAGCGCUUGUUUCGACUUUUCGUCUUUCGCGCAAGCCAUUAAAGAUGCGCUAUGGAUGCCGAUUAUUUCCGCGGAUGCACAAUAAUUCACCUUGAAGUUUAAAUGGGGCCGAGAGAGAAUAAGAUACAGAGAACUUUAUGAGAACGUCCCAAGGCCGUGAAUGGCGGAUAAUGUGGCAUUUCAGCUGCUCACGAUGUGGCGUAGUAAUAACUCUACAACUUGGUCCGUUUAUAUCGCUGCUGAAAUCGGUGUUCAUCGCACCCUCUCCGCAUGACCAACUACUCUGUACAGGUAGCGUUUCAACGCCGACGAUUUCCGUCUUACCAGUCAUCGUCAGUCAGCCACACUCAAUCUGCGUUUGAAUCAUUUAGGUUUUGAACCCGACCUGUCUAGCCAAUGAACGCCAGGCAUGGCUGGCUGACGACAACUAACAAGCCAGAGAUGGCGGUCCCUUGUCCGGUAUUCCUUCCUGCAUUAUCACCGGAGUCAACCACCCCCAUUUAGGCUCUCUCCAGAGGAAUAUAAAAAGGAGGUGAUAGGGGCGGAUAUCGGAUGCCUAGAUGCUGGACUUGACUGGAAUGUUGGUGAGCUAUGUGAUGUUGAAGCAGAUCCAACUACGACAGAGCAGCCGUAUCGUACGAAUGACUGACGAGAGCACACCGACCUGGCUGUUUUACGGAGAGGCCACUAAGGACAUUCGCAGACAAGAUGGACAAAAUUGCGUCAUAAGGACAAGUCGAGAGCACCUCUCAAACACCAUUAAGGCAGUUCGACUGUCGUGUCCGAUUAUGUCCACCGCGUGCUCCACUGCAGGGUGACCUGCGCAUGAAUUAAUUUAUGAUGAAGAUAGAGCCAUGCAACAUCUACCACAUUCUCUCCCCCUCCACACCUGGGCCCAGUGUCCAGACAUAGCCAAGCGGACCGGAGGCGGGAGAGGACGGAGGUAGUUGGCCGACUGGUGGACUGAAGGUCAGGCUGCAAUGGCUACCGCUCAAUGUGGCCAAACGGAGAGCGAACUAUGGGUCGCGCUUCUUCCGAAGCUGUGCUGACUGAUGAAGGAGGUGUUAGUGCGUGGUGGAAGGUGGUGGCGGCGGAUGGAUUGAUAUGAGAUUUAAUCUGUGAUGAUCUAUCGCAAACCGGGAUGACCGAUGGCUGUGCAUCUGAGACAAUGGCGAUGGGUAUGUGUUGGUGCUUCUGGCGCUGUUUCGUUUGUAUCGCAAAUGAGCGACCAGAUUGAUGCAUGAAAUGCACAGUUGGUGUUAGAAUUGGCAGCUGAUAAGGUGGUUGAAGUGGUUAUGCCGGUAGUGGUGGCUGCGCUGAUGGAGUGCAGUAGAGGAGGGAAGGAUGCGGCUGACCAACAGUCACGGUGACAGUGAUCUAAAUGACCGAGUAAUUGUCAGCAAAAUCAUCAAUAAAGAUGAUGGACCUCUGUCAUUAACAACUCAGGUACUGAUCAAUGAGCAAUCUUCGCGGUUGAUAUGAUGGAGUCGGUGGCGGUCGACGACUUCGGGAACGGCGGCGGCGGCAUUCGGAUAUUAGGAUUGCAAUCAUCGUUAGUGAGGGUUGCCGUCGUUGUCGUCGUGCUGACUGAUUCUGGAGGUGGCGAUGGGGGGGGGGGGUUCAUAGGGGCAUCAGAUGAAGAUGUUGGGUUAAUGUUACAUUGGGUCCCGGGAUAUCGGUCGAGGUCGACCAGUGCAGGAAAUUUUCGUUGUCAGCCUCGAUAUGGAUGUUAUGGAUCAGACAAGUUGAGAAUUUCCAACUGCUACGUGGCUUCAGCAAAGACGACCAAUUUGGCUUUACAAAUUGCUGUUUUUGUUUUCACAGCUCUUCUUCAGACCGGCCAUUCCAGAACGAGGACUUCUCAUUAAAUACCAUUUUAAACGGAUGCUCUUUUAGCAUUGAUUGCACUCCUUGUUGGCGAAUUCCGGUAGCAAAAUCACAGAAGAAGAGUCGCUUGAAGAGGCAUUUAUGGUGCAUCUACGCGAGUCGGCCAGCUCCACACCUCAGGAUAUCGUGAAUGCUGAAGAUUUUAGUUUUUUCCAUGAUUUACUUAUGCGGAAUCUGCCCAUGCUCAUUUGCUUGCCCGAUCAGGUUGUGGACUACAGGAGAUCAAAAAGAUUUGUGGAUUUUGACCUUGGAUCCUGGAGAAUUUAAAUGCAUAUGCCGCAUAUUGUAAACUUGAUGUUCUAUCCUGCAAAAGAUGCUGACAUCUGGUCCUUCUUCCGGCUAGGCGGUCAUCAACAUGACAGAAGUGGGAGUGGGCAGCCCCGCUUUACCCCAUCGGUGACAAUGAAUAUUUGCGCGCAAGAAGAGUUGUCAGACUGCCCUUCACGAUUUCCAAAACCGAAGGAUCAUUCGGUGCAAAACUGGAAGAUAAGUUACAAUCAUCGUCAAUUGCAUGCCGCUUUAACCACCUAUAAACAUAACCGCCUCGCAUACACAACAGAAUUAAGCCAAGUUAUAAAAGAAGUGAAUUCUGGACAAGUAUUUUCCUUAUUUCUCGAACCUACGCGUCUGCAGCCAAUAUUUUUUUAUUCGCAGAGACUACCAAUCAGCAAUUCAGAUACACCUCCGACAGAAGACGUAAGGACAGUGAACUAACCAUUUUAACCUUUAUUCUGAAUUUCGGUUACUUAAAUAAGACUAUUUAAACUUGUUGUAUGCAUUGUCGUACAACCGGCUAAUAAACCAUCGUUUAUGGCCUAUGCGCGUGAGGUCAUAGACUUAAUUUCAUAAUCAGAUAGCUAAAACCGUCAUCAUAGUGGAAACCUUGGGGUUUGUCGUUAAAUUAUUGGUUUACUCAAGGUGAGGCUAAAUUGGCGAAUUGCUACUUUUAACGAGAAAGCUGCAAUUUAGCGUCUCCUAUCAGUAGGAUGCAGAGAUAUUAAAGUGCGGAAUGUACAGUGCGUGACCGAUCUCAUGAAAUAAUGGCCGAAAUACUGAAAUGCGUUUUCGAUUAGAAAGGAUAACUUAGGUGGGGUUGUUAUACUGAUUAGCAUGCAGCAUAAUCCUAUAGCAUUUCGGACUUGCCGGGAUGUCGGCUUUUAAAUGCAGAUCUUUUUGACCUCCUUCAUUUACCACAUUCGGUAAACAAUUACAACUUGUGUAGCAUGCAUGUUUCCUAUUAAUUUUUGAUAGUCCUAUAAAUUCGCAUUAGCGUCUGGCGUUUUCAGUCUCCAAGGUGCAUGCUUUAAGCACAAGGAAAAUCAUAUAUUCCUCUAUGCCUUUAAGAAGAUACAAUAAAGAGUUCAUGAAAUUUCUCAAUGCAUUCAAACCGUGUUGUACAUUUCAUGAGGAUCAUUGGUAAAUGGACAUGUGCGGUCCUGUAUGCAUGAUCAUAGCACGGUCUUAAAAAUCGCACAAUUAGGGAAUUUUUUAAAACCCCAAUAUACACUUUCUUUGGGCACAAAACAUGAAGACAAUGCGAGAUUCGACCGAAGGGUUAAAAGAGAGCAUAGUUUUGUACAUGUUCUCUACACAAUAUAUUUGAAUUUAUAUGACCAUCGAAAAUCAAGAGGAAAAAUGCAUGCUAUAUUAGUUGUCAUUUUUAAUUAAGUGUGGUAUAUGAAGGAGGUCAAAAAGAUCUGCAUUUAAAAGCUGACAUCCUGGCGAGUCCGAAAUGCUAUAGGAUUAUGCCUUAUGCUAAUCGAUUUUACAACCCCACCUAAGUUAUCCUUUCUAAUCGAAAACGCAUUUCAGAAUCUCGGCCAACACUUCAUGAGAUCGGUCACGCACUGUAGAACAUGCAUUUGUCUGUUGUUACGAUAAAACGUGCCCAUAGCCCACGGAUGUUGCGUCACAAGUGCUUACCGCUAGUACUUCAGACACUCUUCUGACAAAAACAUGGGAUAGUGGACUGGCCAUUUCCAACCUCAUUGCGGAGUUCCUAUUACGCAGUGAAUGCGAUAUCGCACAAACGAAUAAUGAUUCCUAUUCCUUGGCCCCUGCACGUAAAGUCAUAUAUUAGAAUCCUAGGUUAAAUGGCGAAGACAGUUUCGCAGAAGGGAGUCUUGGAAUAACCUCGUGCGAUGGUCAAUUUUCUCUUAGUUUGUCCAACACAGUACUGCAAGCAAAGAUAUUCUGGAGGCUACAAAUAUAUUUUCGAUGCCUGAUUUCUCAGCAGAAUUAGACACAGCCAGAAACAAUUCACCCUUCAGGACUUCCAAGUUAACUUUUUGUCUAAUAGUAGUUUUAAUGAUAGCAAUUUACAACAUCAUAGUUUUUGGACACCGCACACAGCAAUCACAUGAUGAACGCUUGCAAGUUAGAUAGCUACAUAAGCUAAUCAUCACCGUCAAGAUCCUCUCCUCCGUGAAACCUCGGCAUAUAUGAUGCGUGCCAAAAAACUGCUUAUUGGGCGACCACUUCGUCCUUUACAGUAAAUCAUCUCCUCUAGAGGACAUGCACUAAUUAGCUCUUAAAUCUUGAGCGUGACCAGCAUGGCUGUGUGUCAGAUGCCAAAAAACUCUGUCAAGUUGGUAGCCACUCCCCAUUUUGUAAAAAGUCCCGACAUCAAGGGGUCAUGUGGUACUUUAAAUAUUCCGCGGUUCUUUCCACCACCUAACCUCCUCCGAUCGGUAAAUUUUUUACUACCGUGCAUGGAGUUGGGGCGAAUACGACCUUGUGAUCAACGUAAACGAACCGCCAUGCCACCAGUAUAAAUAGGCAAUGAUAUUAGAUAAAUCUCCGAAGAGAAGGUCCCUUCGUAACAAGCAUCCUCAACAUGUCUGGUGAGUUUUGACUCUGCGUCAGGUUCCAUUUGAGUAUUUAAAAUCAUGCAAAAUUAUUUGUAACUGCAGAGCGUAAACGCUUCUGUCGGAGUUAAUAAUUCCACAAGGGUUCCACGUCUUUAUAUUCAGUCUCAGUCUACACUGAUAGCAACCUUGCAUUUCGGCAACUCAGUUAAGAGAACAGUUUAGCCUGAAUGCAGCCAACGCGGGCUGAACGAAUUUCAGUGAACACAAGUUGACUCCGAUCACGCCUACUGACCAAAUCUACUCACAUUGGGUGACAGGCAGGCAGAGGUGAUCCAAUCAUAUUUUUUUCCAGACGAACUUCCCAUCCAGCAGGCCGAGGUGGACGCCGCUGUGGAUCCCAAGGUCCAGAAACUGAAGUCGUCGACGGAGGAGGAACAGGUCGCAGCUGUCGAGGAGACCGGCGAGGUCGCUGCCAAGGCUACCAUCACCUCUGAACAGGCCGCAGAAGAGGUUGAACAGGCUCAGGAAUAG